UUUUAGUUCGGUAAAUGUUAGGCUACCAUCCACAUUCGGAUGAGUACAACGUUCGGUUGCUUCUGACGGGGGGACGGUAGCCCUUUGAUACGCACAGGAAAUGUCGCUUGACGGGGCGAAGGAACGUCCCGGGCGCGCGCGGGAGCGAGCUUUGAAAGUUGACCACCGCGGAGGUGAGCCGGCGCUCGGCGGUCAUGGUGGCGCUGCCGGCCCUUGGGAGCUGCCUGCAGCCGUGGUGCCCGCUGGAUCUCAGCCCGGAAUGGGUAGACACAGUGUGGGAACUGGACUUCACAGAGACUGAACCUUUGGAUCCCAGCAUUGAAGCAGAGAUAGUAGAGACUGGAUUGAAUGCAUUCACAAAACUCUAUGAAAGUCUCUCCCCCUUUGCUACUGAAGAACAUGGAUCUACAGAGAGCAUUUGGACCUUCUUCAUUGAGAACAAUAUUUCUCACAGUGCGCUGGUGGCAUUGUUCUAUCACUUUGUUCAAAGAGUCCAUAAGAAAAACGUCAGUGUGCAGUAUCGAGAAUAUGGCCUUCAUGCUGCUGGGCUUUAUUUUCUGCUCCUAGAAGUACCAGGCAGUGUAGCCAAUCAAAUAUUCCACCCAGUGAUGUUUGACAAGUGUAUACAGAUUCUAAAGAAGAGCUGGCCUCAGGAGUCUAACUUGAAUCGGAAAAGAAAGAAAGAACAGCCUAAGAACUCUCAGGCAAAUCUAAGAGGAAACAGAAAAAGAGGCAAGCCACCCCGGAAAGAGGAUAUUGAGAUGGAUGAAAUUGUGGAAGAACAAGAAGAUGAAGAGAAUAUUUGUUUUUCUACCCGGGACCUUUGUCAAAUUCGAAAUGCCAUCUUUCAACUUUUGAAGAAUUUUUUAAGGCUUCUGCCCAAGUUUUCACUGAAAGAAAAGCCACAGUGUGUACAGAAUUGUAUAGAGGUUUUUGUUGCAUUAACUAAUUUUGAACCAGUUCUUCGUGAAUUGCAUGUUACACAAGCCAGAAACCUUAACCAAGCAAAAUACAUACCAGAACUGGCCUAUCAUGGAUUGUAUUUGCUGUGCUCCCCAAUUCAUGGAGAAGGAGAUAAGGUUAUCAGUUGUGUUUUCCAUCAAAUGCUAAAUGUAAUAUUAAUGUUGGAAGUAGGGGAAGGAUCGCAUCGUGCCCCUCUCACUAUUACUUCAUCAGUCGUCAACAGUAGAAACCAGGCAGUCCAGUUUAUCAGUUCACUUGUGGAUGAACUAAAGGAAAGUAUAUUUCCAGUCCUUCGUAUCUUACUCCAGCACAUCUGUGCCAAGGUGAUGGAUAAAUCAGAGUAUCGGACCUACGCAGCCCAGUCCCUGGUCCAGCUGCUCAGCAAACUUCCUUGUGGAGAAUAUGCCACAUUCAUUGCCUGGCUUUACAGAUAUUCACGAAGUUCCAAGAUCCCACACAGGGUUUUCACUCUUGAUGUUGCCUUAGCUCUCUUAGAACUACCUGAAAGAGAGGUGGAUAACACUCUCUCCUUGGAGCAGCACAAGUUCUUAAAGCAUAAGUUCUUGGUCCAGGAAAUUAUGUUUGACCGUUGUUUAGACAAGGCACCGACUGUCCGCAGCAAGGCGUUGUCCAGUUUUGUACAUUGCCUGGAGUUGUCUAAUACCACUGCAUCAGAGAGCAUACUGGAACUUCUGAUUAACAGUCCUACAAUUUCAGGAAUUGAGAGCCACCCUGAUACCUUACUGAGAAAUUCAUUAGCUUUUUCCUGUCAGAAGCAGACACUUGACCCUUCCAGAGGCUCAGGGGUGAUCAAUAUAGACAACAGUGGUGAAACAGUUGGAUCUGGGGAAAGAUGUAUCAUGCAAAUGCUGAGAAAGAGGAUCCGGGAUGAGAAGACCAACGUUAGGAAGUCUGCGCUCCAGGUAUUAGUGAGUGUUUUGAAACACUGCGACGUCUCCAGUAUGAAAGAAGAGCUGUUAAUUCUGCAGGAGCAGUGUCGUGACCCUGCAGUAUCUGUCCGGAAGCAGGCAUUACAGUCUCUUACUGAACUUCUUAUGGCGCAGCCUAGAUGUGUCCAGCUACAGAAAGCCUGGCUGAUGGGGAUCAUCCCAGUUGUGAUGGAUUGUGAGAGCACUGUGCAGGAAAAGGCCCUGGAAUGCCUUGACCAGCUUCUGCUGCAGAACAUUAAGCAUUACAGUAAAUUUCAUAGUGGAGAUGACAGCCAGGUGCUAGCUUGGGCACUUCUUGCUCUCCUCAGUGCAGAAAGCCAGGGACUGAGCUGCUAUUUAAAUAAGGCUUUUCAUAUCUGGUCCAAGAAAGAUAAAUUCUCACCUACUUUUAUAAACAAUAUGAUAUCCCACACUGGCACGGAACAUGCUGCACCAGCCUGGAUGCUGCUCUCCAAGAUUGCUUGCUCAUCACCCAAGCUGGACUACACCAAAAUAAUAGAGUCCUGGGAGAAAAUCAGCAGUCAGCAGAAUCCCAAUUCAAACACCUUGGGACAUGUUCUGUGUGUUAUUGGGCAUAUUGCAAAGCAUCUUCCUCAGAGCAUGCGAGACAAGGUAACCGAUGUCGUCAAGUGUAAGCUGAGUGGAUUCCAGUGGUCUCUAGACUUGAUCAGCUCAGCCGUUGAUACUUUGCAGAGACUCUGUAGAGCAUCUGCAGAGACCCCUGUGGAGGAGCAGGAAUUACUGCAGCAGGUGUGCGGGGAUGUCCUGUCUACCUGCGUGCACUGCCUUUCCAACAUAGUUCUGAAGGAGGGUGGCACUGGGAAUAUGGAUGAAGACCUGUUGGUGAAGUACAUUUUCACCUUAGGAGAUAUAGCCCAGCUCUGUCCAGCCAGAGUGGAAAAGCGAGCUUUCCUUCUGAUUCAGUCCAUUCUAGCUUCCUCUGCUGAUGCGGCUCAUUUAACGUCAUCUCAAGGUAGCAGUGAAGCCCCUGCCACUCAGCCGCCCUCCCAGCUCAGAGGCUCUGUCAUGCCUUCUGGGGUUAGAGCACAUGCCAUCAUUACCUUGGGCAAGCUGUGCUUACAGCAUGAGGAUCUUGCAAAGAAGAGCAUCCCAGCCCUUGUGCGAGAGCUCGAGGUGUGUGACGAUGUGGCUGUUCGUAACAAUGUUGUCAUUGUUAUGUGUGAUCUUUGCAUCCGGUACACUGUCAUGGUGGACAAGUACAUUCCUAAUAUCUCCAUGUGCCUGAAGGAUUCAGAUCCAUUCAUCCGGAAGCAAACCCUCAUCUUGCUUACCAAUCUCUUGCAGGAGGAAUUUGUGAAGUGGAAGGGCUCUCUGUUCUUUCGAUUUGUCAGCACCCUGAUAGAUUCACACCCAGACGUCGCCAGUUUUGGGGAGUUUUGCCUGGCUCACCUGUUACUGAAGAGGAGCCCUGCCAUGUUCUUCCAGCACUUCAUUGAGUGUCUCUUCCACUUCAACAACUAUGAGAAGCAUGAGAAGUACAAUAGAUUCCCGCAGUCCGAGAGGGAGAUUCGGCUGUUUUCACUGAAGGGAAAGGCCAACAAAGAGAAACGAAUGAAAAUCUACAAGUUUCUUCUAGACCACUUCACAGAUGAACAGCGAUUCAAUAUCACCUCCAAAAUCUGCCUUAGUAUUUUGGCAUGCUUCGCUGACGGCAUCCUGCCCGCAGAUAUGGAAGCCAGUGAGUUACUCUCAGAUACGUUUGAGGUCCUCAGCUCAAAGGAGAUCAAGCUUUUGGCAAUGAGAUCUAAAGCAGACAGGGACCUCAUUAUGGAAGAAGAUGAGAUGGCCCUGGCCAAUGUGGUCAUGCAGGAAGCUCAGAAAAAGCUCAUCUCUCAAGUUCAGAAGAGGAAUUUCAUAGAAAAUAUUAUUCCAAUUAUCAUCUCCCUGAAGACUGUGUUAGAGAAAAAUAAGAUCCCAGCUUUACGGGAACUCAUGAACUAUCUCAGGGAGGUGAUGCAGGAUUACCAGGAUGAAGUCAAGGAGUUCUUUGCAGUUGACAAACAACUGGCAUCAGAGCUCGAGUACGACAUGAAGAAGUACAGUGAACAGCUAGCCCAGGAGCAAGAGCUGGCAAGACAAGCUGAUGUGAACAGGGGGGCUGCAGGUGCUCAUGGGGCACAGACGGUGCAGGUAGAUGAGCGGCCCCCUUCAGUCCACCCUCCUUUCCAGUCUGCUCUCUGCUGUCUGCUUCCCAGCCUUUCUCAAAAGGCACAUGUGAACAGAGGCUGGUCUGAGCAGGUUGCUCUGAGUUUAGAAAUAAUGCCAGUUCCUGCUGGCCAAGAACAUGCCACUGCCUCCGCUGCUCCUAGCCAGCCCUCCACACCUGGGCCCAGCGCUGGCCAAACGCCACCUUCUUCACUUGAAGCUGGGCCCUUGAAGAGGUUCAUGCCCAAGGCCAGGCCCAUGUCCCUGAGCACCAUUGCAAUCCUGAAUUCUGUCAAGAAAGCUGUGGAGUCGAAUAGCAGGCAUCGGACUCGGAGCACAGGAGCGCUGCCUUUCACUUUAAACCCUGGAAGCGCAGACGGGACACGCAGUCACGCAUCUUCAUUCAGCUUGGAGCGAGAGUCCAAUGGAGCUGUUGACCAUCUAACUAAACGAGCAAUCAGCACUCCUGAGAAGACUAUCAAUGAUGUCACAUUUGGAGCAGGAGUCAGCUACAUAGACACAUCUCAGACUCCUUCCUCAGUCAAAGAGAAAAUUGAAGCCCAGAGUCAAGAAAAUGACAUUUUAUGUUUAUCAUUACCUGAUAAACCGCCUCCACAGUCUCAGCAGUGGAAUGUCAAGUCUCCAGCCAGAAAUAAGGACAACACAGCCCCCAGUAGGAGGUCGCUCCGAAAGACCCCCCUGAAAACAGCCAACUGAAACAGUGCGCUCCAGGGGGCAUCGGGAAGGCAGGAGCUGUGAGGGCGCAGCCUUGUUUCCGCGUGGAAAGGCAGGCGCCUCGCUUCCCUCACACCGAGGACGCUCUCGUGCCGUGAGGUCAGAGCUGCCUCUCGUGGUUCCAGCACUCUCUAAUUGUUCACCUGAGGAGCUGGCCAGUCUUCUAAAUUUCUCUUUAUGAAAUAUGUGGUAAAAAAUUGUAAAGUAAUAGAGAAAUGCCUUAGCUAUUUAGUAUUAUUAUUUACUCCAUUUGAAAGUAUCAAGUCCAUUCUGAUAAGCUGUCUUCUGGUCCUUGAGGAACACAGCACGUCUGCUUUCUCUUAUAUAAAUCAUGCUGUUAGCUGGUUUGACUCCUGACAGUACCUGGUUCCCAUCUCUAAUGACAAGAUUUUGAUUGUAAUAUUUUUUCUCCUUAUUUAUAAAUUGUAGAUUUUUCAAAAGUCUACAGCUUUCUAAAACAGAAUAAUAAAGGUUAAGCAUAAAUAUA